AUGAUUGAAUUAGUGGGAUUGGUUAAUACGGGAUUGGACGAAAUGACUCCUUUGGCUUGGAAUAUUUAUACUAGUUGGGAGUAUCAUGGACAACCAGUGCAAAUUGAACACAUGACAGCUGUCAUGGCCAAUGAAUUUAAGAAGACAUUUUCUCGCACCAAUACAAGAAUAUUCUUCAUGGGAUUAUGGGAUUCUGUUAAUUCAGUUGGUGUGUUGUGGGAUAGAAUCUUCCCGUAUACCAUCAGGACAUCAAAUGUUGAUCACGUCCGACACGCAGUAAGUUUAGAUGAAAGACGAGCCAAGUUUAAACAACAACUCUUUGCUCCUACUGAAUUCAAGGAAAACCACGUGGAUGACAGUAUGAGCUAUAUUCAUCUUGUCAUGGCACUUUCAUGGGGUCAACUCUUAAGGUAUUUAAUAGAUGCAUUAACUGGAUGGAAAAAGCGACCACUUGCUAGUAUCAACGAUCUAGAAGAAGUUUAUUUUCCAGGAAAUCAUGGUGAUAUUGGUGGUGGAUGGGAACCUACCCCAGAGGGACUGUUUUUAUCAGAUGUUUCAUUCAGGUGGAUGUUGGCACAAGCAGUGAAGUUUGGUGUAAGAUUUCAAAAAGGUGCGGUUCAUCAAUGGUCUUCUGAUUUUCCUUCUGUGUCCAGUUUUUUAGCCUAUCACCACGAUCUUUUAUCACCCAUCAAGAAAUGCCCUGAGCGUACACCAAAAAGCGGGUUACCGGAAACUCCUCUAAAACGAUUCAUUGGUCGAGCUGAGGAUGGGUGCUUUUAUUCUUUACUCUGGUGGUUGUUAGAAUUUAUUCCAUUUUUCACCACCAUGGAAGAUAAACUGGGUCAUUGGAAACGAGUUCCUCAACCAAAUCUUGGUCGUAGUAGAACAAUUUCUGAAUCAAGUUCACUUCACUGGAGUAUAUUUUACAGAUUACAUUACAUUUGGGAUUACAAUCCGAAGAAUAUACCCACAAAAUCAUUCGGUGAUCAAUUCGUACGACUGCUACAAAAUUUCAAAGAAUUCAAAAGCCUGGAUAUCCGAAAAUACGCUCAAGAUUUGACCAUUGCUAAAAUUCAAAAAGAUUGGAAGUCUGAUUUCUGGAAGAAAAUACCCGAUGAAUUGGAAGAGAUCAUUAAAAAGAACCCAAAUAUCUAG